AUGGAAACACAUAAUCCACUUGAGAUCAGAGUGAUUAAUUUAAGGUCAGAUUUUAGUUUAAUUGUUGGUUACCGCUUCAGUUUCAGUGCCUUUAUAAAUGCUCUGUGACUGAACACAUCGAACAGCCUGCUGAGCAACGGGGACACCUGUCAAGAUGCUAGUCGUUCGAAACAUCCUCCUUCUCUUAUUCUGUUUAGUUGUUCUACUAGUAUUUGCUCAAAGCUCUUUUCUUCCACCAUGUGAGCCGGUUAAUGAGACUGUCGCGGUGGAAAAAGAGGGCUGUCCAAAAUGUCUGGUGUUUCAGACCACCAUCUGCAGUGGCCACUGCCUAACAAAGGAGCCUGUAUACAAGAGCCCAUUUUCCACUGUCUACCAACACGUGUGCACUUACCGGGACGUCCGCUAUGAGACGGUCCGCUUGCCAGACUGUCCCCCCGGGGUGGACCCCCAUAUCACCUACCCGGUGGCUCUCAGCUGCGACUGCAGCCUUUGCACCAUGGACACGUCCGACUGUACCAUCGAAAGCCUGCAGCCUGAUUUCUGCAUGUCUCAGAGAGAGGAUUUCCCUGUGUACUAGCCUGUCAUCAAACCACAGAGUACGCAAACUCUGCCCACUCUAAAUCAGAUAAAUGUCACAUAGAUGUAUAUCAAUAAAAAAGUACAUAAUUCAUACUUCAUUUUAUAUGCUUAAGUCAAACCAUUUUUAUUUUUAUCUAAAUGAGCAGAUGGCAUGGAUAUUAAGACUAAAUGGUUGUAAGUUACCAUUGGAAAAUCAUCAGCCAAUGAUCAGAAAGAAUAACAAGUUGGGUUUAAAUGAUACACACAUGUACAAUAAUCCUGCAAAUGAACUAUGACUGAAGCUUGUUAAAUAAAGUCUGUGUCUUUGACUCUA